AUGGCGGCGCACAUUGCGCUCCCAAGCCGUAACAAGCGACCCAUUGCCCAAACAGCGAGCGCCUUCAUAGAAGCCCUCUCCGCAGAGAUAGACAAGCAACACAAGGCCCCACCAGGCUGCGCCCACGCCGACUUCAUCGACUCAGCCCGCUCCACGACCCGCAACAUCAUCGCCCGCUGGAACUACAAAGCCCGCAAGUCCCCCAACAUCGCCGCCGUCCGCCUGGUCUGGUACCGAGGCCUCGACCCCUCGCACAACCUAAACCCGCGCUCGCUGCAGAAUAUGUUCAACCGCGCGGUCAUUAACGCGGCAGCGCGCCACUACAUCCUAGACCUAAACCCGCACACUCCCACGCCCCUCCACGCCGCCUUUGGCGCGGCAAUGAGGGAGGCGGAGGAGGAGCCGGCGAGCUUCGCGGCGCGGGACCGGUAUGUGAAUCUGUGGAAUAAUGAGAAGGCGGGGGAGUUCUGGCUACUUAAUGCCGCGGAGGAGGGGGUGUGGUAUGAGUUUCUGGAGAGCGUGUGGGGCCGCAAACAUGCGGACGGCGGAGAGGAGUUUCCUUAUGAGAGGAGCAAGGAGGUGUGCGGCGUGAGGAUGUCGUCGCGGUUAGUCAAUGGGUUGGAUGCGGAGAGGGGGGAGCUGAGGGCGUGGUUUAGGGUGGCGGUUGAGCAGGUCUUGGAGGAUGGGGAUGUUGCUUUCUAG